AUGGCUUCUGCCGCUCUUUCUUCACUUAUGUAUACAUUGGAACAACUCUUCAAACCUAAUCAAUCUUUCGUUUGUCCAUGCUCUACACAACAUCUUCAAUCUCUCUAUCAAAAUCUUUCUGCUCUGCAACUUUUCCUUGACAAUACUACCACAAAGGAUAUUGAAACUCUUAAGUUUAUAGAAAAGAGGAUCAGAGAUGUAAUAUACAAAGCAGAAGAUAAAGUUGAUUUAAGCCUAAGAAGUAUCGUUUUAGCAGAUUGCACAGAGAAUAAAGAAGGGGCUUGUAAAUUCUUUGAGGAAGAAUUGGUACAAGUGGAAAAAGAUGUUGAUUCUCUCAGGCAAGAGGUGAUGCAGAAUGAGUUUAACAAGCAUGGAAGCAAAUCCGCAGUAACUCUCUCCUCACCAGAAAAAAGUACAAUUGAGGAAAAUAGUAUUGUUGGGAUGGAGGAUGACUUCAACACCAUACUUGAUCGCCUCACUGCCCAAACAGACGAGUUACCUGUCAUACCAAUUUUUGGUAUGGGAGGUAUAGAAUACAGUGAGAGACAAAUGCUUCUUGAACUUGUCUCUUCAAUUACUGGAAGCAAGCAAGAAACAAGCAAUGGUGAACUAAUGGAGAUUGUGUAUAGAGGCCUGAAGGGUAGGAGAUUUCUAAUUGUCAUAGAUGAUAUUUGGGGUACUGAGGCAUGGGACCAAAUCCAAAGAAUACUUCCCAAAGAUAACAAUAAAAGCCGAAUUCUAUUAACCACUCAGCUCAAGUAUGUUGCUGAUUAUGUCAACAACCCUGAUUUUCUGCCUCAUAGUAAGUCUUUCCUAAGUCUAGAAGAUAGUUGGAAUCUAUUCACCAAAAAAAUAUUCAUAAAAGAUCAUUGUCCUCCUCUUCUAAAAGAAAUAGGGAAGCAUAUUGUACAACAAUGUCAAGGAUUACCUCUCUCUAUUGUUGUCGUUGCUGGACUUCUUGUAAAAAUGGACUUAACGCAUGACAAUUGGAAGGAGGUUGAGGAAAAUCUGGACUCAUUCUUUGGUAUGGUAUCUGAACGAUGCCAAUCAAUUCUUUCUCUGAGCUACAACUACUUGCCCCAAUAUUUGAGGGCUUGUUUUCUCUACAUUGGAGGUUUUCGAGAAGACAGAGAGAUUGAUGUUUACAAGUUGAUUAGGCCAUGGAUUGCUGAGGAAUUCGUAAAGGCAAGAAGCAAUAAAAAGUUAGAAGUGGUGGCAGAGGAGUAUCUAUAA